AGGCCCUGCUGGCUCGGUAUCCUGCAGCGCGUGGGACCUCGGCGCGCAUCUCCCCCUCUGGAGCUAUGUCGUUCAAGCCGCAGAUCGUGAUCGACUGCCGCGGGCACCUCCUCGGCAGGCUCGCCUCGGUCGUCGCCAAGGAGCUCCUGAACGGCCAGUCGGUCGUGUGCGUCCGCACGGAGGACAUCAACAUCUCCGGGUCCCUCUACCGCAACAAGCUCAAGUACGCCGCCUUCAAGUGCAAGAAGAUGAACUCCAACCCCAAGCGUGGCCCGCUGCACUACCGGGCGCCCGCUAAGAUCCUCUGGCGCACCAUCCGCGGCAUGGUGCCGCACAAGACGCCCCGCGGCGCCGCCGCCCUCGACAGGCUCAAGGCCUUCGAGGGCGUGCCCCACCCGUACGACCGCAAGAAGCGCAUCAUGGUGGUGCCGAGCUGCCUGAAGGUGCUGCGCCUGAAGAAGGAGCGCAAGUUCUGCAAGCUCGGGGACCUCUCGCAGCAGGUGGGCUGGAAGCACCAGGACCUGGUGGAGCGCCUGGAGAAGCAGCGCAAGGUCAAGAGCGAGGUGUACUACAAGAAGAAGAACCAGAAGAAGAAGGCGCUCCAAGCGGCGGUCAAGGGCGCGGCUGUGUCCGCGGAGGACAAGAGCAUCCUGGUGUCCGCUGGGCUCGCUUAGGUGGGCCGAGCUGCUGCGGCUUCCGUGGUACGCGGCGCGCCGGCCUCCCGGAGGAUCCUACCUUGGCGACGCUGGCAGUGAGCCUCUCCCUUCUCUUGCCCCCUCCCACCCCCCGUGCACAUCUCUCCGCGGCAUUCCUCGAGCUGCAUCGAUCUGUGCUGGCCCUGGGGCCCGAGGCCGGGCGAGAGCGCUCGGCGCGACAGACGCUGCAGCGCGCGGCUCUCGGGGUCUCACGCUGCCUCGGAAGCCCCCGCGCCACAGGAGCAAG